ACUUAUUUUUCUUGCUUUUUUUUUGCAACAUAAUAUAGAAAUGAAUUUACAUUAUUUCAUAUAUGUGGGUGGGAGAGAAGUUGGAAGGGAGAGAAUUUGGAAUAUAAAAUAUAUAUUUGUUUUAAAAACAUGCUAAUAACAAAUUUUAAAAAAAAAAGAUUCUCCAAGUUAGAAGAUAUCUCGGAUGUCAUUCAGUCAGUAAAUUGUUUGCCUACCAUAUGCCAGACACUAUGGGGAUACAAAUUUAAAAAAAAAAAAAAAAAAAGUCCUUGUAUUCAAGGAGCUUACAAUCUGAAAGAGGAAGACACACCAAAAGAACCUGAAAAUGGAGAAGGGAGCAGAAGAUACCAGAGGCAGGAGAAUGGAGAAAUCAGGCAGAAAAGUCCCAAAGUAGUGCAGCAAAGGUGAGAAAUAAGGCAAUAUCUGAGGUCAAUUAUUAAAGACAAAAAGGUAGUGAUGAGAUGGAAUACCAAGACAGAUUUUAAGAAUAGGAUUAUCCCAAUAUACCUAAUUUUAUCCAAUGAUACUUAAACAAGAAAACCUUCAAUAACAAUACUGUAUAUGUUUAUGGGUUCAGGGUUUGAACUUAUACAAAUCAGGUUCCAGUUUGCAAGCUUCUCCCAAAAUACUUUAUCUACUUCAUAUCACAUCCUUCUAAAGUUUACUCCAGGAUAUCUCCAAAUGUAAGUUCAAAUCUCCCUCUCUAUUGAUGAGGACCAAAAGGUUCUCAGAAUCCAUAUAGAUACAAAUAUGGUCCUUGAAAGACCUAAUGAGAAAAGGGCCUAACAAUGAUGUGUUUAACUGCUAAAGACAGAAAGCUAAGUGAUUAUUUUGAAAGAUAUAACUAAAUCUUUGAAAUGAAUCAAAAAGGAAGCAAUCAACCAAUUAAUAAAAGUUUAUUAAGUACCUCCCAGUUUGCCAGGCAAUGUGCUAAGAACUGGGAAUACAAAAAUAAACAAAAACAGUCCCUGCCCUCAAGAAUUUUACAGUUAAUUGGAAAGACAACAUCCAAACAAAUGUAGACAAACUAGCUUCAUAUAGAAUAAAAAGGAAAUAAUUAACAAAAGGGAAGUUACUGGAAUUAAGUGGGGUUGAAGAAACCUUGAAGAAAAUACGAUUUUAGUUGGGACUUUAAAAAAGCCAAAGAAUUAGUACAUCGGGAGCGGAGAAAGGACCAGAUUAAAUGAGGAAGUAUGGUCUUCGCUUUUAAAAAUCGGUUUACAGAAUAAAAAGCGAGUGUGGCUGAGCCAGGGAGAGCUAGAGGUUAUUGGCCUGGUGCCGGGAGGAGGAGCUUUUGUGUGCUGCUUCCGUCUUCUCCUUAGCUGCUCCGAGUUGGGGAUCCCCUCCAAGUUUCGCCCCGAUCCCUGCUGCGGAAUCUAACGGAGGUGAGAACAAACUUCCCAAACGCAACUUUCCUUUUUGCCGAGAAGCCUUCUGCUAGAAACCGUGCCUUCAUUCAGCCCAAUCGCCCUUAAGCACCCCAAGUCAGACUUGCUCAUGGCUACAGAAAAGCAACCCGAGACCGAAGCCCCGAGAACACAGCAAACACCUUCAUCCACCAAUCAGAGCAAGCUUGCACCUCCCAAUCCAAACUACACAUUAAAAUUUACAUUAGUAGGGCAUACGAAAGCUGUAUCUUCGGUAAAAUUUAGCCCCAAUGGAGAAUGGUUAGCGAGUUCUUCUGCUGAUAAGCUCAUUAAAAUUUGGGGAGCAUAUGAUGGAAAAUGUGAGAAAACAAUAUCUGGGCACAAACUGGAAAUCUCUGAUGUUGCUUGGUCUUCAGAUUCCAACCUUCUUGUGUCUGCCUCAGAUGAUAAAACUCUUAAAAUCUGGGACGUGAGCUCGGGGAAAUGUCUAAAAACCCUGAAGGGACACAGUAAUUACGUCUUUUGCUGUAGCUUCAAUCCCCUAUCCAACCUCGUCGUUUCCGGCUCUUUUGAUGAAAGCGUAAGGAUAUGGGAUGUGAAAACUGGAAAGUGCCUCAAGACUUUGCCGGCUCACUCCGACCCUGUAACAGCUGUGCAUUUUAAUAGUGACGGAUCUUUGAUAGUGUCGAGUAGUUACGAUGGUCUCUGCCGGAUCUGGGAUACUGCGUCAGGUCAAUGUUUAAAAACUCUUAUUGGUGAUGAUAAUCCUCUUGUGUCUUUUGUGAAAUUCUCUCCGAAUGGUAAAUACAUUCUUACGGCAACUCUGGAUAGCAUUCUUAAGCUAUGGGACUACAGCAAGGGGAGGUGCCUAAAGACAUACACUGGUCACAAGAAUGAGAAAUACUGUAUUUUUGCUAACUUUUUAGUCACUGGUGGAAAAUGGAUUGUGUCCGGAUCAGAAGAUAAUCUUGUUUACAUUUGGAACCUUCAAACAAAAGAGAUUGUGCAGAAAUUACAAGGUCAUACAGAUGUUGUGAUCUCCACAGCUUGUCACCCUACAGAAAACAUAAUUGCAUCAGCUGCAUUAGAAAAUGAUAAAACGAUUAAACUCUGGAAGAGUGACUAUUAAAUCUUUUAAAUAUCAGAUUGUAUAAAGAAGUAGAUCCUGUUGAGCAAAAAACUUAAAUAUUUGAGAAUGUGGUUUCUUGGCCAAAAGGAAAAUCGCUUUUAUCUUUCCCAUUCUGGCAAGAAAUGGUAGUAUCUGCUUGAUUUCACAAGUAGAUCUUUUUUUUUUUUUUUUAAAUUUUUAAAAGGAAAAAAAAGCAUUUCUUAAGGAUGUUAAAUAUUUGUUAAAUAUGCUACAUGCAAUAUCUCAUUUGAUCCACCCAAUAACUCUAGGAGGUGCUGUUAUUAUAUCCACGCAACACUUGAGGAAACAAACUCAAGCAAACAAGCUGAGUGAUUUGCUCAGGCUCACAAAGCUAGUAAGUGUCUGAAGCAGGAUUUUGAAUUCAGGUCUUCCUGACUCCAGGCCCAAUGCUUUAUCCAUUGUAAUGCCUGGCUGGGAGGAAAAUUGGCCGAUAUUAUAACUAGAUCUCAAAAAGCUUUUGUUCUUGCCAAUCCUUCUGAUGCUAUCAACAGAAAGAUUUCAAUCUAUUCUGUAUAUAAAUUCAGUCAAUAAAAACCUGAAUUUAAAAUUUUUCAUACUGAAAGAUUUCACCAUGGACUUUUCCUUAACUAAAAUUUCUUUUUUUAAAGAGACCAUUUACACAUACAGUUCUAAUUCUAUAACCAGAUACAACUAUGUAAGUUUCUGGCUUUCUAUCUCCAAAUUUUACUAUUUUGUAAUGAAAUGUCUUUUUUACUUUCUAUAUGGUUGAUUAUUUCUUGUUUUAUUUAUAUGUAUUUCAUGUAUACACAUACUACAUAUAAAAUAUAUAUUUAAUAGAUGUUGUCAUGUUGCAAGUUGGCACUUUUCCCCCCUCUAAUCCCUAAUUAAUUCCUUCUUAUAGUAAUUUGAAACACAUUUUGAUUUCUUUCAAAGAAAAAAAAUCUUGGAACAUUGUAAAGUUUUUCGAGGUAAACAAAAUUUUGUAUUAUAGAAUUUCAUAGUAUAAAACUUUUAAAUUCACCUUUGUAUACUUCAGUCUUAAUAUUUUCACUCAGUGGUUUAUAUAGUGAACCAUAAAAUUUAAAACAGUAAUUUUCCAAAGGUGAGAUUUUGUGGUGUUUGUUUUUAAAGCUAUAUGUAAUCAUAGAGUAGAAUCCCAAACAGAGAAAACUGUCACAAAGAAAGGAAUCUGGAUUUUUGGUGUGAGGGUCAUUGGGUCAAUCUGUCAUAAACUGUGUUAGGAUCAAUGUUAUGUGACUGAAACCCUCAACUGCAGAUCCCAAAGUGGUAAUCUUACAUUUCUUUCUCUCCUUGGAUUCUUUCUUGGAAAUGUUAAACCUCUGUCCACAGGAAAGUCCAUUUACCUCUCUUUUAUUUUAAACAAUUACCUUGUAUUUAUUAUAAAUAGUAUAAAAAGCUUAUAAAUACAGUUGGGAGAAAGCAAGCCAGGAUGACUUACUCUCGUUACCAAACGAGAGGUAAAUAUCAAUCUAACAAAAAAGUGUUUUUGUUAGGAGCCCUGUCCCUGGCUUGGGCCUCAGAGUUAACAAAAGGAUAAAGAGAGUUGCAGAUCUUUUGAUAUUAUUUUACAGAUUAGCAAAGGAAUAUUUACUUUGGGAAAUCUACCUGCACAAGUAUGGUGAGUAGGGCAAAGGGCAAAAAAAAAAAAAAAAAACAGUUGAAUGAUCCUUUUUUUUUUUUUUUUUUCCAAUAGUUUAUUAAAUGGAGAGAUACUGGCCCAGAUAGGUCUUGGUCCCAAGGUUGGAGGAGACUAUCAUCUCAAAGAAUCCAGCCCUGAGUACUGGGACAGCAAGCUUUUUUAUAGGAUAACAAGAACAAUGACAUAAUGGGGGAGGUACCUAGGUGAGGAUAACCUAAUGGUGGGGGAGGCCCCUAGGAUGACACAAUGGAGGGAGGUUACUGAUAUUCUAAUGACAUCUAAAAUAGAUAAUGUCAAACAUUAAGAAGGCAUGUCUAUAUAACCUAAAGAUAUAAAACCUUCAUCUUAUCAACCAUUUAAGAGGGAAUGAUUAUAGCCUGGGAUUUGGGGGCAGAGCAACUGAGGUAGACCUUUAUCUCAUCAAACAUUAAGAGGGAAAGGUUAUAACCUGAGGCAGAAUAAUUAAAUAGGACAAUUGGAGAAACUGGGUCACGACAUUAAAAGGGAACUUUGGUACAACAUUCCCCACUCUUUCUCUUGUCAGUUGAAUGAUCUUCAUCAUGACCAUAUAGCUACAAAAGUACUUAAGAUUAAAAAAAAAAAUCCAUUAUGUACAGGCUUUAUUUCAGAAGACACAAAAACUUCAGAACAUAAAGGAGUCCAAAAACAAACAACAACAAACAACAAAUCAAGAAUCAUUUACUAAAUCAUGUGCUAGGUAAAAGCAGAUUUCUGGGCGGGGUUGGAUUCAAGCUAGUCUCUGAAUCAUUUAUGUUUUAUACUAGAACAAAAUGAGGAAAAAUUAGCAAAGAUAUUCAACGAAGAUAUAACAGGACUCCAGGAAUUAAUUCACUUUCCUUGAUUGAGUUGUCAACCACCCAUCUUGAUGGGCCAGCCAUAUAUAGCCUACCUCCUGCCUAUUUUACACACAGGCUGUGACAUCAACAGCCUGAACCUUUCAUCCCCUAAAUUAAUCAAGACUUGAAAAUGGUGAAAAAGCUAGCUUAACUAGAAUGCAAAUAGUAAGAAAUUACUCCUAUAGUCACAGUAUAAUGUAUAAUAUAUAAGAGAGCUACCUUUACAAUCAAGAAAACCUAGAUUCAAGUAUUUUUUUCUGACAUAUAUUGGCUGUGUGAAUGAACAAGUCAUUUAACUUAUCAAAGGACAAGAUAAUUCUUUUUAAGUAUAUUUAUGUAGGACCUCUUUCUUACCAGAAGCUUAUGUUCUUGACUAACAGAAACCUCAAUUAUUCUGAGCUUCCCUGACCCCAGAGAAGUCAGGUUUCUCUUGUACUCUGAUUCACUAUGACCUUAGAGUCAAAAUCUAAGUCAUUCACAAACAAUAUUGCUGUUAACACAGUGUACAAUGUUAUCCUGAUUCUGUUCACUUCAGUAGGCAUGAGUAGGUAUUUCCAGGUUUUUCUGAAAUGUGCCUGCUCAUCUUUUUUUUUUUUUUUUUUUAAGAACAAUAAUAGUCCAUUACAACCAUACACAACAGCUUUUUUAGCCAUUCCCCAAUUGAUGAGUAUCUCUUAGAUGUCCAAUUCUUAGCCUGUUGCUAUCAGUAUUACAAAAGAAAUUCUUAAAACAGGUCUAAUAAACAUGUUUUAACAAUUAAAAUAUGAACACCAGCCCAUCACUAUUACAAUUCUUUAAAAGGUAAAGGCACUUUGUGGGGUUAUGGAAUAGACAUUUCACAUUUCCUGAGGUUUAUAUUAUCCAAUUAAAUUACAAGGUCCAGGGUUACUGAUCCACCUGGAUCAGUACUUUCAGGUUAAAGUUGAUCCUAUUCAUGAUCAUUUCACUCCUCUAAGAAGCAGUACAGUAGUAGAAAGUAUUUCAUUCAUCAGAGCCCAAGGACAUGAGUUUGAAUGUCCUUGCUAAUCAGUAUAAAAAGUCAACUCUGAGGACCACAGUGUUUUCAUUGAUUCAAUUCCCUCCUUUGCUUUAUAGUUUAUUUCCCUCGCCUUGAGGCAAUUAGAUUUAAGUGAUUUUUCCAGAGUCACACAAGUAGAAAGUGUUAAGUCUCUGAGAUCAAAUUUGAAUUCAGGUCUUCCUGACUUCAGGGCUGGUGCUCUAUCCACUGCCACCUAGCUACCCUUAGAGUUUAUUUUUAAAACAGAAGAAAGUCAGAAAAAUGUCAAUGUUUUUGUUCAGAUCUCGCAAGGACCCCCUUAUUAUUUAUUUUUUUGUUUUCUUUUUUAUUGAAUUUUUUUUUUAAUUUUCAAAACAUAUGCAAUGAUACUUUUUCAACAAUGACCCUUGAAAAACCUUGUGUUCCAAAUUUUCCCUCCCUCCCACCUCUUCCCCUAGAUGGCAUGUCCUCUCUCUGCUUGUAGAAGGUUGUCAUCAUCACAAGAUCAUUGGAAUUGGCCUGAGUCAUCUCUUUGUUGGAAAGAACCACAAAGGACCCCCUUUUUAAAAUUAUGUAGAAAUAGUUGUUUUCUAUGUGAAAUAUUCAAAUGCACUUAUCUACCAACCCCUGACCAAAAAAAGUUAGAAAUACCUUUUUUUCUAUGUUUGCCAGUAUAAAUACUAAAACAAUUUACUUAGCUUUUUAUAUUAUACCAAGAAUGAAGAAAGUACACACUUAAGAAAAAUAUAAGAACAAGAAAGGGAACCAAUAAUAUUGUUUUUAUCAUCUUGGAAGAUAACACCAAUGCUCACUUAUUACUCUAGUUAUACUUUUUUUGGUACAUAAUAGAAAUUGUAGCUACACUAUGUUGUAACUAUAUAAACUUAUAAAUUAAUGUCUAAAAGCAGAAAAUAACUAGUUCUAUUGGUAUGUUUCUAUUAAAAUUAUGUUUCCAUUUUAAUCUGAAGAAAUGGAACAUAUUCAAGAUGGUAUAGACAUAUCCAUUUAAAUAUAAAUUUAAGUUACUAAGUGUGGUGUUCUCUUCUUUUGUAUAAUAUAUGAUGAUUCUCUGGGAGCAGGUUUCUUGGGGAGGUUUCUGGAGGCAGCUUUAGUUUCAGUUCAGAUCAAUAAUUACCUCAAAUGCAGCCAGCUGAUAAAAUCCAAAUGUUUAUUUUCUCCUUCCAAUUCUUGUCUUUUUCCUUGGGCCCGGGUAGUUUUCUUAGAGGCCUAUCUCACUCCUUGGUUCCAAGAGCUCUUCCAGCUUCUGCCUCUAGCUCAACUCUGAUUUGUGGCUUCUCAAUCUCCAACUGACGCUCCCCUCUCAAUCUUUUCAACUGACUGACUGACUGAAGGUCCAAGAGCUUCUUACAUAUGAUCUCUUAAAGGCGUGAACCCAAAGGUUGACUCCUCCUCUGAGAGAGUGGGAUUGUGGGUUUCUGACUUGUGAAUCUCCCGAACUUGUGAACUCCAAUGUGUAAGCUAAUGUGUGAACUCUCCCAAAGGUGUGAGCUCCAAUGCGUGACCUCCAAUGUGUGAACUCCCCCAAAGGUGCAAACCCAAGCACACAAGCACUGCUUCUAUCAACUCUAAUGAGUUAACACUUUGUAAGGAUUCUAAUAACUAAGUUCUAACUAGGAGGUAAUUUGCUUGAAUUUUGUCUACACAUAUAAAUUGUAUAGUUCCGCACAGUAGUCAUAAAGUGUAGUUUUUUGUACACAGUUGUUUGCAUUGUGUUCUUGUUAGACCGUGAGGUUCUUGAGAACAGGGAUUUUUUUUUUUUUUUUGCCAUUUUCACUAUAAAGCUUAGGAUAAUUACUGUCAUAUUAUAGGUGCUUAAUAAAUGCUAACUGAUUGAAUGAC